AUGCCGCAACCGCCAAGGGCAAGGGGGGGCAAGGGUGCUGGAGGGGCUGGCGGGGGUGGCGGAGGUGGCGGUGGAGGCAGUGGAGGGGGUGGGGGUGGUGGUGGGAGUGGUGGCGGGGGUGGAGGUGUCGGUGGCGGCAGUGGAGGCGGAGGCGGCGGCGGCGGUGGCGGUGGGAGCGGAGGUGGCGGAGGUGGCGGCGGUGGAGGAGGUGGCGGUGGAGGAGGUGGAGCUGGGCGGGAGUAG